CCCAUGUUACUUCACUCCUGAUGAAGGGUUUCGACCCGAAACGUCGUCACUCCCUCCUCCCAGGAGGUAGAUGCUGUCUUGCCUGCUGAGUUCUGCCAGCAUUUUGUGUUUUCAACGAUACCUUGAAGCUUUUGUGUGCUUUACAGGAAAACAGCAGCUCUAGUUUCUCUUUCGUCUUCUUUGCAGCAGUAAUGAAAGUGGCCAUCUGCUAUUGGCUAACUGAAGUCACAUGACCCCAAAGGAAUGCAACUGACACAUAUAAAUCCAGGGCUCCCUGACUGCACCAGCUGUUUACUCUUGAAUUGCCAGAGUUCUUUAUCCAAGGAGAGUUUGGUGGGCUGACUGAAGAAGGAAGCAUUUCAGGUGAAAUUUGGUGGAGCUGUGGAGAGUGAAGACGACAAAGGACAGAUCAAGAUUGAGGAGAAGAGGAGGAUCACCAUGGCGACUCAGGAAUGCAAAAUUGUUGCUACCAUAAAGAAGGCUGAGAGGAGUAUCACCAAAGCAUCUGAUGUCAGGGAGGACAAUGCUUUGAUGUUGCAGCCAUACAGUAACUGGGAACAGUUUCUGAUGCCUGGCCCACUCUCUAUUGCCAUCUUAGGGGAAAUUAUAUUCCUUUCUGCAGGAGAGGACUUUACAAUUGACAAGAUGGUGCCCAACGGAGGGUUUCAGUACAUGAAAUAUCCCAAAUCAUUCCGUGCCUCUUUAGUGCAAGUGAGCAACGAGGGCUGGGAGGCUUUUCAGGAAGCCCACAAGAACAUGGAUCAGAUCCGGCUUCUGACUGUAAAUAUCCCCACUGACAUGAGAGAUGUUGUGAAGUUCCUCAUGCAGAAAGAUCCAAAGGUCACUGAAGCUUUCCUACCAAUUCCUCUGAACAGCAUCAAAUCCACUGCGGAUAAAUGCUUGAAGCUGUCCUCAGCUGUGGAGGAUAAGUUCACUGGGGUCAUCUGUCUCAUCAAUGAACUAUUGGAGGCCUGUACAAGCUCAAAAGGAGUGUAUGAGCAAGAAUUACAUGAAAUAAAAAUCAAAAAGGAACUGACUGAAAUGAAGGAGAAAGCAGCAAGAGAGGCAAAAGCCAUGGUGGAAGAGCAUCACAAGAAACUGGAAUCACAACUGAAGCAGGCACAGGAAGAUUACAAAGCCAAUAUGGAUUCUAUGCCAGUUGGCUGGAAUGCUGUGGCAAUGUCGAUGGCAGAAACAACGACCAAAGCUGUCAGUUUAUUCAUCACUGGAGGAGUUCUCAAAGUACUGGCUGUUGAAGGAUGCAAGGCUGUAGGUAAGGCUGCAGGCUCUCUUGCAGAUAAGUUAUGGAAAAGCGAUCCAAACAAUGUUGGAGAAGCUGAGAAUAACAUCAUUAAUAAAGCAGAGACCCUAGGGAGUUUUAUACAAAUACUUUAUCCCUUCCAGAUUGAGGAUCUGAAAAUUGACUUGAAGAAACUGAACAGUGAGGAUGAAAUUAAAAAGUUACACUGGUGUAAACAACAGUUGGUGAAGUUUCAGGAGGAGGCAAGAAAUGGAGGUGAUUGCCCUGAGAAGGUUGCAGCCCUAAAGAUCUGUGAAACAGCAAUUGGAAUAUGUGUGGGUCUGGAAAACUUGCAGACAUCUAAACCAGAUGCUGAAGUAAUGGCUGAUCUAGCAGUGAAGAUCAGACAAGUGAUGCGGGAUACAAUGACAUUCACCUCUUGCUGCAAGGCAAAGGCAGGGAUCAUGGGUGUAACAGCCACCCCACCACACAUGUCUCAAACUGAGCCAGCAGAGGAACUCAGUGGUUUACAGACAGCCAGUCUCAAUGCCAGAAUCAAAGUGGAACAGUCCUCAAAACAGCUACAGGCUGCACAGGAGAUGUAUGAGAGAAGCUUUGAGAAUAUACAGAAGAAUAAUGAAGAACUGCAAGAGGUCCUGGAGACUCUGAAGAGCUGUAAUGUUCAGGAAAUAGAUUUUGAUAAAACUGUGAAGAUGCUUCUGAAGGGAUUGGACGCAUUGGGCCGUGUGAAAGAACAAUGGGGAAAGAUGGUUCUCUUCUUCACCAUGAUAUCAAACCUGAUCGAAUGCUCCCUGAACCCAUCGCUUCACAAAUUCAUACAGUACAGUGAAAAGACUUCCUCCGGCUAUUCACAGAACCAACUGAUCCAGGACAUGUUGUACACAGAGAUCUCUCAAGCCACUAAUAUUUCAAGCCUUGUCCACAUGAUCGCUGAAACAUACGUGCAGGUCUCCACCCAACAUCUGAUGGACAGGGUCAACAGCUUGGGGAAAUUAAUGGGCCUCGAUCCAAAUCGGGACAGAAUUAAAUUUGAGAAGGAGCGUACGAAGUUUGGAUCAGACUGUAAGGCAGCAUCAGAAGCCAUUGAAGAUCUUGUAAAGAAGAAUAAAGAGCAUUAUAAAGAGCGAGUGCAAGCGAGAAUAGACAGAAUCAAGAACACUGUGAUGCCUUUGCUACCCCCUGCCACAGCAGAAGAAAUUAAAGAAAUUGAAGAUGCUGUGCAAGCAGGCACACAAGCAGCAAUUGAGGAAAAGUCAAAGGAAGACUUGGAUCAGUUUGCCUAACAAUCCCUUUCCUCACACACACCGACUUUCCAGCGUUUCCCAGAGAUCAUUGUCAUUUAUUGAUGGUACCUUGAUUGGCUUUUGUCUCUGUUACUUUGACCCCCCGCCCAUCUCAUGUACUCACCUCUGGGCAGUAAUGAUCCACUUGUUUGAUGUUCCCUUCUGAAUCUUUCUGAGUCCCUUUGAGUUGAUAGUUAUGGGGCAAAAGUUUAGGGGUAACAUGAGGGGGAAUUUCUUUACUCAGAGAGUGGUAGCUCAGAGAGUGGAACGAACUUCCAGUAGAAGGGGUAGAGGCAGGAUUGAUUUUCGUCAUUUAAAACAAAAUUGGAUAGGUAUAUAGACAGGAAAGGAAUGGAGGGUUAUGGGCCAAGUGCAGUUAGGUGGGACUAGGUGAGAGUAAGCGUACGGCACGGACUAGAAGGGCUGAGAUGGCCUGUUUCUGUGCUGUAAUUGUUAUAUGGUUAUGCCCAUCCCAUGUACUCACUCUUCGGGAGUAAUGACCCACUUGUUUGAAGUUCCCUUCUCAGUCCUCAGCAGCCUGUGAGGAAGUUGCCUGACAUCAGCUCUAAAGUGCAUUUCUCCCUCAGACUAUGUCUGUCAAUGACUGUGGAAUAUUUACCAAAACUGUACUGUUUGUUCUGGUCUGCUGUCAUUAGAUUGAGUAGAUCUAGUGUCGUAAGAAAACAGUGAGUGCUCCUUUUCUUCCCAAUCUCCCAAAUAUGGACAUCCAAACCAUUCCCCAAGUAAAUCUCUUUAAAUGGCCCCCGAUAUUACCCUGUCCUCAAAGCUAGGGAGAUGGGCUAGUGACCAAGUGCCUUCCUUGCUCAUUUCCUGGCGUGGGACUGUGGAGGAAGUGAGCUGUUUAGACUGUCUCGGUAAAGUCAGAGGCAGGAUUGGGAGGGGCCCUGGAGGGUUGAUUGUGCUGCAGCUGAUGAUGGAUAAUGGCAAGAUCUGCUUGGCAGUGUCUGGUAGGUGAAGGCCAGAAGAUAUAGGAACAAAUAUUAGCCAUUUGGCCCAUCGAGUCCGCUCUGCCAUUUCAUCAUGGCUGAUCCAUUUUUCCUCUCAGCCCCACUUUUCUUGCCUUUCUCCCGUAUCCCUUCAUGCCCUGAUCAAUCAAGAAUCUCUCAACCUUUGCCUUAAAUACACAUUGUGUGCAAUGAAUUAUACAGAUUCACACUCUCUGGCUGAAGAAAUUCCACCUCAUUUCCCUUCAUUACCCAGAGCCGGUAAACACUCUUCAUAUGACAAACCGAUCAAUCCUGGAAUCAUUUUGUGAAACUCCUUUGAACUCUGUCCAGUGUCAGCACAUCCUUUCAAAGAUAAGAUGUCCAAGACUACACACAAUACUCCAGGUAAAGCCUCACCAGUGCUUUAUAAACUCUCAACAUUUGGGAGGCUGAAGGGGUGAUAGGGAAAUCACAUAGAGAGGUAGUUACACUCAAGGUGCAGGACACAGGCAGCUGGGUGACAGUCAAGAAGAGGAAAGGGCUUAAGGAGCCAGAACAGAGUAUCCCUUAUGUCCAUCCUCCUCAACAACAGGGACUCCCAAAUCUCUUUCAGCAUCAUACUUUUGUAUUUUCCCUCCAUUUAGAAAACAGUUAACCAUUUCAUUUCUUUUACAAAGUGCUUGACCGGGCACUUCCCAACACUGUAUUCCAUCUGCCACUUCGUUGCCCAUUCUCUUAAUCUAAGUCCUUUUGUGGUCUCCCUAUUUCCUCAAAACUACCUGCCCCUGCACCUAUGUUCAUAUUGCCUGCAAAAUUUGCAAGAAAGCCAUCAAUUCCAUCAUGUAACUCAUUGACAUAUAAGAAUCAGUCACAACAUAGACCUUGUGGAACACCACUACUUACUGGUAGUCAGUCAGAAAAUACUAAUUUUCUUCCCAUUAUUUGCCUCCUGACUGUCAGCCACUGCUUGUUCCAUGCUAGAAUCUUUCCUGUAAUACCAUGGGCUUGUAGCUUGUUCAGCAACUUUAUGUGUGGCACCUUGUUAAAUGCCUUCUGAAAAUCCAAGUACACAACAUCAACUGAUUCUCCUAUGUCUAUCCUGCAGCUUAUUUCUACAAAGAAAUCCAAGAUUUGUCAGGCUACGUUUUCCCUUGAGGAAACCAUGCUGAUUACGGCCUAUUUUAUCAUGUGACAUGGCAGCCAUUAAGGGGAGAAGAUGGUGCAUUCAGUGAUGAUAGACUAUAUAGAUAGAAAGAACUCUGUUUCUCUUCCUCACCGUGAUGUCAUACCUGAUUGACAGAAUAAUAAUAUAAUGAUAGGGAUCAUCUGCUUCCAGGUCAUUGAAUAGACAAUGGACUGGAUGUAAUUGGGUCCCUCGGCUUUAGUGUGAGUGGGAAACUUUAAAUGACAUUGAAACGUUGUGCAAGACUCCACUCAGACCUGCUUCCUUUUAACCACAAAAGACCAUAAGACGUAGGAACAGAGUUAGGCCAUUCAGCCCAUCAAGUCUUCUCCACCAUUCCAUCAUGGCUAAUUUAUUGAUUAUUCCUCUCAACCCCAUUCUCAUGACUUGUCCCUGAGAGUUUUGACCCCUUACUAAGGGGUAAGAACCUAUCAAUCUCCAUUUUAAAUAUUCACAGUGAUUAGGCCUCCACAGCCAUCUGUGACAAUGAAUUCCAGAUUCACCACCCUCUGGCUGAAUACGUUCCUCCUCAUCUCUUUUCUAAGUGGGACAUCCUUCUAUUCUGAGGUUGUUUGUCUGAUCUUAGACUCCUCCAUUAGGAGGAUCUGCAGCAAUCUGAUUCUCCUGGACUUGUGUGCAUUGCUCAGAUCAUCUGGGAAUGUUUGUACACUGUUGGACAUGCCCAGCAGCUUCUCUGCACUGGUUAAUGGUGUCCAUUGACACUGUAGUUUACCAGGAUCAGGCAUCAACAUUCACUCUGGAACAAACUAUUUUUAAUAUUCAUAUAUAUUCAAGGCUUGUGGACUUUACAGGUGCCAGCAUUUAAUUGUCCAUCGCCAGUAUCUCUUAAAAUGUACCGCUCAUUUGUUGUCCCGCUCCUAUUCGUUCUCCUCCGCACAUCACGCCCGUUGGGAUUACGUUCCAUCAGUCAUUGUUCUGCCCCUUUUUAUCAACUGAUCAUUAUCAUCAUGUAUCCUCCAAUGGAGGCCUGAGUCUGUGACUCUGUGAUAGUCCACUGAAGAGUUGAUGGCCCAGUGUCUGUGAAUGCACUGGAGGCUGUGUAUGUGUGUGGAGGUGGUGGACAGGUGGGAGAGAGGAAAGGGUCUUGUCCUGUUGUUACUUCAUCAAUUGCUGUGUUCUGUGUUGCUCUGCCAAGCAUUGUGGGUAUGCUGUUUGGGUACUGGAAUGUGACAGGAGAGGAGAGAGGUCCAUAGGAGAAUGGGAAGGAGGAGGUGAUAGGCAAGGAAGAAGAGGUCAGAGGCCAGAGUGGGGAAUAGAAGGGGGAGAGAAAGAAUUGUUUGGUUUAAAAAAACUUCCAUCCCUUCUUCACUCUUCUUCUGGCCUUGUACCUCUCCUUAUGGGUCCCCUCUUCCUUCCUUUUAUUCUCCUAUAGUCCACUCUUCUCUCCUUUCCUACCCACCUGGCUUAACCUGUCACCUUCAAACUAUGCUCCAUCCUUUUCCUCCACCUUUUUAUUCUAGUGUCUGCCCCCUUCCUUUCCAGUCCUGAAGAGAGGUCUCAGACUAAACAGUCGACAGUUCAUUCAUUUCCAUAGAUGCUCCCUGACCUUCUCAGUUCCUCCAACAUUCAGUGUUGCUGUGCAUUAGGUUUGAACUUCCAGCACCUGCAGAAUUUCUCUGGUUAAGUUUUAUUCAUUUCUAUGUUAAAAAUUAAUAGCUUUUUAAAUAAGUCACACACCAAAAUACUUUGAUUCAUUCUUCUUGAUUACUAUUUUGAAUAUUUAUAAGUUUGCAGUCUGAGUUGAAGAGAAACAGCUGAAAUUACCUUCAAUGUAUGCAUGUUGUUGAAAUCUUCAUUAAACAAGGGUGAGCCAAACUGUAAUCUCCAUGGCACACUGCUGUACCUCCUAGAGACUCAGCCUCCAGUGAGAAAUUCAAUUCUUGAUGUAACUGUCCCCAUUAACAUCAGUACUUACUGUUUUGAUAAGAUACAAGACAAGGAUGAAUAUCCCCACUGGGAGGGUCACCAAGGUGGCUUGGGAAUGUUUUACUGGAUCAGAUCCUGGACAAAGAGAAGGGGAAAAUGCUUAUUGAUCUGGCUGGAUCUGGUGGUUGUGUAUCCCUGGGUCAGAGGUGGGAGAACCAUUAGUAAUUAAUGUUACUGAUUAUCAACCAUUUGGAUAUUGGAGUCUAAGGUCGAACGUCCAUAACUGCUUAUGAUACAAACCCACAGCGAUCACUUCCACUGAUGUCCCAUUCCAUACUUGCACUACUCAGUGAAGAAGUUCCCACUCAAAUAUUUCACCUUUCAACCUUACUCUACGACCUCUAGUUCAAGUCUCACACAACCUCAGUGGAAUGGGAACUGAUCUUGCAUGAUUGCUUUAAUCGAGACCAUGUCACCCAAUGGGCACCCUUGUCUUGGAUGAAGCUUUAUUGUAUUUCAUUUAAAAUAAUACAGCAAAUAUUGAAUAUAA